GAGAAAACGAAACUCACUGUCGGUGCAGGAUCUGUGGGGUCUGCUGGGAUCUGGAAGUAGACAGGAAAUAGAGACAGGAAAAGAUGGACUGCUGUUACCUCUGCUCCUUGUAGAAGUUUGUUAAUUAAUGAAAUAAUUUUUAAAAUGAAUUGAUGUUAAUGUUUGAACUGCUGACGUCAUGAUGGAGGGAGAGAACUACGUCGCUAAACUGAACGAGUUUGGACAGAGGACUCCUUCAGUCAUCAGAUAUGAAGACGUGGGAGUUGAAGGGCCGGACCACAUCAGAACGUAUACCGUCAGAGUCACCCUGAAUGGAAAGGCGUAUCCUGAAGGAGUGGGGAACAGCAAGAAGGAAGCCAAAAAGAAUGCAGCUAAAAACGCCUGGAUAGCCUUGAUGAAGGAGACGACUGAAACUAGCGAGAAAACAGCAGAAGUUUCUGUUACACCUGUGCAACAGACAAAUAACAAGGCUGUCAACUUUGUAAGUUGGCUCAACGAAUACGGGAACAAGACUAGACUGUUGGUAAAACCUGUGGAGUCUACAAGAGAGGGAGCUAAUAGUGCUUUUCACUUCGUGGUUGGUGAUAAGGAGUAUCCAGUUGCAAUCGGGAAAAACAAGAAGGAAGCAAAGGAGGAGGCAGCAAAGCUCGUGUAUCACGAGAUAUGUGGCAAUAAAACUACAGAGACAGAGGAUGAGAAAAGCAGCGGUGUGUCGAGUCGACAGGAGGAGGAACUGAACAUCAUCAGCGAUAAGAAACAGAGCCCGAGUGUGGUAACUAAAGGCGUAGAUGUUACCGAUUCAAAUUACAUCGCACUCCUCAACAACUACUGUCAGAAAACAAAGCGGUUCCAUGAUUACAUCUUUGAGAAGAGAUCUGGUCCCGCUCAUAGCCCUCUGUUUUAUUACAGAGUCACGAUCGACAAAAAGGAAUAUCCCGUGGCUGAGGGCAAGAAUGUCAAGGAAGCCAAACAGAAUGCGGCUCAGCUGGCCUGGUCUGCUUUUCAAGAGCAGUCAGAUUUUGACAGCAAGUUAUCUCUCGGGUGUGUUGUGUCUGAUGAAGUUACAGCAGCGACGUCGUCCACGCCAUCAAGGACACCGUCAAGUGACACCAACUCAAAAAGUGCGCCAACAACUUCAAGUGACUCUUUUAUUGUUUUUAGCAACCCAUCAACUCCUGCCAAAGACCAGAGUCCUGCUGUGAAGCCUAAAAUAAAACUCGCUGCCAAUUUCAAAAAUGCCCACGACCGCAGCAAAGAGGAUAUGGUUAACUUCAACUGUAAGAAAGACGGAAACAGUCUGAGCGAGAAAUCAUCGAACCAGUCCGUCACCUCCAGCAGGUUUACUUUAGAGUUUGACUCCAUAAAUCUACUUGGCAAAGGAGGCUUCGGUUUUGUUUUCAAGGCACGAAGGAAACUAGAGGACAAACUUUACGCCGUGAAGGUCGUCCACUGGAAACAAAAAGCUCUGAGAGAAGUGGCGGCGUUAUCCGACCUGAACCACAGCAACAUCGUUCGAUACUACACCUGCUGGCUGGAGGAUUCAGAAUACCACUGGGAAGGCACAGCAGACAGUUUCAGCAGCUCCCAGUCGACCGGUAACUCAGAGAAGAAGUGCCUCUACAUUCAGAUGGAGCUGUGUGAGAACAGAACUCUGAAGGAGUGGAUAGAUGAGAAGAAUAUGCAGAAUUCAAAGAAGUCUCAGCGAAGUUUCAAGAGGAGAGAGGAGAGUCUUUGUAUUGCUCUGCAGAUAGUCGGUGGAGUGGAGUACUUUCACUCCAUGAACUUCAUCCACAGAGACCUGAAGCCUGCCAACAUCAUGUUCGGGAGAAACGGGGAAGUGAAGAUCGGAGACUUCGGCCUGGUCACCAAUGAGAACGACGACGAUGACAACCUGGUGGAGAGGACCGAGCGCAAAGGAACCCGGUCGUACAUGGCCCCUGAGCAGAUGAGCGGGAAGACUUAUGACAAAAAGGUGGACAUAUUUGCUCUGGGGUUGAUCUAUUUUGAACUCCUGUGGUACGUCUCCACUUACAUGGAAAGGAAGGCGAUUUGGAACGAUGUCAGGACCCAAAAACCUCCUCAAGGAUUUUCACACAAAUUCCCCCUCGAGAGUCAGAUAAUAAAGUCGAUGCUGAGUGUGAAGCCAGAAGACCGACCUGAAGCAAGUCAACUGAAGACAGAGCUGGAGGAAGGCUCUCGUAUACUCACGGCCCGUAAAGACGCUCAUCGUGACAAUCGGACCUUCUGAUAGCGUCACGAGAGGAAAACGGUUGUCAGCGGGUCGCCACGGUUAUCUCAUGAUCUCAAUUAUUUGAGCUGAUUGCUUUCAUUUCCAACAUCUAGAUUUUAAAUGAACAAACAUGUCUGUAGAUAAAGAUGGACGACGCUUCCAUUGGCCUCUCAGACGGCACGGGGAGCUCUAGUGGUUUGGGCUUCACUUUUGGGGAGUUGCUGUCAUGUUGCUCAUAUUUAUGCAGUGUGAUAAAAAACGAACCUCCGUCAUGUUUUCCAACAUUUAAAGUCAGACUGAUGUCUCUAAAUGCCGCCUUGUUGCACCUUGUUUUUUGAAGUCUUUUAAGCACCUUAUUAGAAAACGAGCGCCCCUCUCUCUGAUGCACUUCUAAUGUUCAAACACGCUUUAGUGUCUGGAAAAAAUACUUGUUUUUUAAAGACAGGCAGGUUCCUUUUUCUGCUGGUAUGAAAUAUUAUUCUAGUCAAUGUGUUAACUUCCACUGGAUCCGCUCUGUUGCGUUCGGGCAGCGUCUCUGAUCCGGCAGGUCGGCGUUCUGAAAACGCAACCGGUGGGUGUUGACGGACGAGAGAACACGGAGCCGGACUGCAGCAGAUCAGAGACAGACCAGACAUGGAUCUGGUGGAAGCCCUAGCCCUGAUUCUAUGAUCAGAGCUGCACACUAUGCAGCGGUCUAUUAUGCAGAAAUAACAGACCUCACAAAGCCGUUAUCAACCAAUCAGGAGUAAAUAUUAAAUGAACAGUAAUAAUAAUAAUAAUGCAAAUAUAAUAAACUUGAUUUUUAAAGAAGUGCUAAAUUUAAAUCAGUUAUGAUAUUUAUGGAUUAUGGGGAAAGUUAUCAAGCCACAAUGUAUUUUGAUGAAAUACUCAAAGCAAAAUAAUGUAUCCAGAAGAAAGGGCAAAAUGUUUUAAUCACAAAUAAUCAUGUCCUGUGAGAUGUCCUGGUCAGCUGGUUUUAAUAUUUUUAUUCUUGAAUUGGUUAAAUGUGUUUACAGUGAUGUCAUGUCACGACCCCUGCUCUGUAAAUAAAUGUUAAUUGCACUCUAAAACUUUUACAUCUUGAGUUUAAAGUUUUCAUUUCCUUGAUUUUGUUUUAAACGAUGUUUAUGUGACGAGUUUUUAACUGAUUUUGAAAAAGUGACGCUCUCAUACUGACAUUGCAAUAAAAUGAGAUUAUCAGAUCGGUUCA